AUGGCUCUUUGCCUCCUCCUCAUCCUUUCAGUCCUCUUGUCCUACAUGCUCGGCCUUCUCUCACGAAAGCAGCAUGACUGCGAGUCGUCUUGCCUUCUCCAAAACGAAGUGGUUUUGCUCUUCUGGAAGCAUGCGAUAGCUGCGCUCAGCGAUCACAAGGCCUUCAUGGAAGACGUCUCCGUCUCUGCUCCUUCACAAACCUUGAGAUGCAGUAAAGGAGAGUCUUGUAGCAGCAGCACCAACUACAUGCAGACAGACAAGUUACAUCAAGUCGGCUGCAUCCUCGGUGAGACCAUCAAGACUGCACAGAGGACCAUGCUUCCCGCGGGCGACAUGGAUAGCCGAUGGAACGAGACUCUGAGGAGAUGGCGGAGAGACACAGCUGCUUGUUGGAACCUCCUUCUCUCCUCUGAUCCCCGAAGCACGCUGGUCAGGAUCCUGAGCCCCUUGAUGCUGAAAUUGGAGCACGCGGAAGCGAAGCUGAGAGGGUGUGAGAGGCUAACGAGCGAGCUUCAAGUGGAGGCGCUCGAGCACCUCGAGAGAAUCGAAGAGUACACCCAAGAGAUUAAGAACCAUUCCAGGAGGUUGCAUGAAAUGUCCAGGCUCUUCAGCGUCUCCAAUCAUCAUCUUCUGGAAGAAGUUACAUCUGGUGCUGAGCUGCAGGACAAGUUGCUGGAGACCAUUGGCGAGAGGAGAAACUUUUUCUACAAGGAGGAGAAGAAUCCGCCUUCUGAAGCUUGGCCUGUUCAUCAUCUUUUAGAAACUUUUCUACAAGAGGUUUCAGAUGUCGUCUACAAUGCUGUUUAG